GCGGAUGCUGCAUUACAUUCCAAUAUGGACAAACAAGAAACCUCCCAUAUCGAACGAACACUAUCCCCCAGAGACAAACUCUCGCAACUCGAUGCCGUCAAGGACCCCUCCCGUGUUGAUGAAGAAGUCCAAGCAUACGCUUCCCAGGGCCAUAUUGAAAUCGAUGAAUCCGCCAGUCGCCGGCUCCGUGUGAUGAUUGACCGCCGCGUGCUAGUUAUCAUGAUAAUCACAUACUUCCUGCAAGCCCUGGACAAAGGCACCAUGUCUUUUGCGUCUAUUAUGGGUAUCCGCGAGGACACAGGCCUGGAGGGACAGCAAUACUCCUGGCUGACAACGUGUAUCUACAUCGCCGUACUGGUUGUCGAGUACCCGACCAACUGGGUAAUUCAGCGAGUGCCUCUAGCCAAGUAUCUUGGGGCGAAUGUGUGCAUUUGGGGGGCAAUAUUAGCCUUACAUGCGGCUUGCCAUAACUUCACGGGCUUGGUUGCAGUCCGAACGUUGUUGGGAAUCUUUGAGGCAUGUUGCCAGCCUAUCUUUGUGCUUUGCUCAGGCAUGUGGUAUAAACGUGAGGAACAGGCGGCCACGGUGACUUACUGGUACAUGAUGAACGGUGGGCAACAGAUUGUCGGCGGCCUACUAGCCUAUUGUUUCAGUCUCAUCGGCAAAGAUCGCGCCAUCCGAUCAUGGCAAGCCCUAUUCCUGACUUACGGCUGCAUAUCUUUCCUCUGGGGCAUAUUUGUUAUCUACUGGAUGCCUGACUCACCGAUGCGCGCAAAAUGUUUCUCUGAAAGCGACAAGCGACUCAUGGUCGAGCGAGUCCGGUCGAACCAGACAGGCCUUCAGAACAAAACCUUCCGAUCCUACCAGAUGUGGGAGGCAUUUCGCGACCCGCAAACUUGGUGUUACUGUGCCAUUCAAGUGUUCACGACCCUGCCAACAAGUGGAUUAGGAGCUUUCGCGAACAUUGUGAUCAAAGGGUUUGAUUUCACUGAAUUACAGACACAGCUGUUGGCUAUGGUUUUGGGAUUUUACAUUAUCAUUGUCCUGCUGUCGUCGGCGUGGCUCGUCAAGAAGACUGGGCAGAAUCUGCUGGUUAUGUUGGGAUUCAUUAUACCAUCAUUUAUCGGAACGAUCGUCCUCAUGACUGUUGACAACACCACAACAGCUACCAAAGCAGGACUCCUCAUCAGCUACUAUAUCACCCUCUCCUUCUGGUCCGCGCAGACCCUCGCCCUCUCCAUGAUAUCACGGAAUAUAGCCGGCGCUACAAAGAAGUCCACCGUUGUCGCGGCCACCUUUAUCUCCUGGGCUGCUGGGAAUGCAAUUGGUAGCCCUCAAGUAUUCCUGGAGAAGGACGCCCCAAAGUACUUCAUUGCCUUCGGGGUACAUUUAGGCUGCUACUCCAUUAUGACAUUGUGCGUAGUCUUCCUUCGAUUCUAUCUGAAGAGACAGAAUAAGAAGAAAGACGAAAUCUUGCGAGCACAAGGAGUGGAUAACGCGGAUCCAGAUCUAGUAUAUGCGUUUGAAGACAAGACGGAUCGUGAAAAUUUGAACUUUCGGUAUAUGUAUUGAUCGGAUGUUGAAAAGGUUCCUCUAAACGAUAGGGUUGAUCAUUAUAGAAGGACAAUGUAAUAAGAAUAUAAUUCCAGACUGAGUUGGGAUAUCGAUGUGGCGGUUAGUCUUACCAAAGAUGCUUCGAGGCAGUGAGAACUCUUUACUAGUACACGGCGUGAGACAUAAUUCUUUUAGCCAGGGAAUAAAACAGCGGGUUAUUUAUCAACUUGAUGCUUGUAUUGUCUCCAUCAAAUUUGAGAACUGGUCGUCUGAAGGUGCGCAGAAGUCAAAGUUCAGAUCAAAUGGAAUCUCAGAUGAGUCAAAGUUCAUUAAUGGCUCAUCUGGUUGGGGAAAAUUCGUGUUUGCUGGCACAGUAGCUGAGCGUGCUGUCAAUGACAGUAUCUCCCGGGCAAUGAUACCAAUCUCCCGGUAGGUCCGCUUUCCGAGGAUCCAGUGCUCGCUAAGACGUUUCAAUGUACCCAUGGUCAGGCGGAUCUUCUCACGGCUG